UUUCUGCCUCAUGCAGCGGCAAUACAAUGUUUGAAGAGAAAGAGGUUAUAUGAACAGCAAAUAGAGCAGCUUGGGAACUUCCAGUUGCGUAUUCAUGACCAGAUGAUCAUGUUGGAAGGUGCCAAGGCAACCACAGAGACAGUUGAUGCAUUGAGGACUGGUGCUUCUGCUAUGAAGGCUAUGCAGAAAGCAACGAAUAUUGAUGAUGUUGAUAAGACCAUGGAUGAGAUCAAUGAACAGACUGAGAACAUGAAACAGAUUCAAGAAGCAUUGUCAGCUCCAAUUGGCGCAGCUGCUGACUUCGAUGAGGAUGAAUUGGAAGCAGAACUUGAAGAGCUAGAGGGUGCUGAGUUGGAAGAACAGCUUCUUCAGCCCGCAACUACAGCUCCAGCGGCCUCAGUGCAUGUCCCAGCUGGGCGGCAACCUACUCGUCCUGUGUCUGCCAAGACUACUCCUGAGGAAGAUGAAUUGGCAGCUUUGCAGGCUGAGAUGGCACUUUGA